AUGCCAGCUUCUACUCAUUUUCUCCUCACUGUUCGAGAUGAUAUCACUUUGUUGCCUGUCGAAAUUUGGCAGUCAAUUCAAAUUUUAAAUCUUUUAUUAUACAUCAAACAAUUUGUAUUUACAUCAUUACACAAUGUGAGAUACUUUAUAUCCAUAUCUAUCUAUCUAUCUAUCUAUCUAUCUAUCUAUCUAUCUAUCUAUCACGCUUUUGUUCAUGACUAUGAAUCUCUCUGUUUUUCCAUAUGUAUCUAUCUCUGUACAUAUCUCUCUAUAUUAAUUUUUUUCAUAUCUAUCUAUCUGUCUGUCUAUCUAUCUCAGUCUGUUUCUAUCUAUCUAUCCAUCUAUCUAUCUAUCUAUCUAUCUAUCUAUCUAUCUAUCUAUCUAUCUAUCUAUCUAUCUAUGUCAGCGUGCCGUAUCAAACAUAGUUUGUUCAUAUCUAUCUAUCUAUGUGCCCUAUCUAUCUAUCUAUCUAUCUAUCUAUCUAUCUAUCUAUCUAUCUAUCUAUCUAUUUAUCUGUCUAUCUAUCUAUCUAUCUAUCUAUCUAUCUAUUCAAACAUUUCAGUCAAACAUUUCAGUGAAAAUAUCUGCCUCUUAUCGAAAUCGCGCUUCCGAAACUGCCAUGGAAAAUCGAGUAAAAAUAAUUCGAAGUAUCCCGAUCUAUCUAUCUAUCUAUCUAUCUAUCUAUCUAUCUAUCUAUCUAUCUAUCUAUCACUCCCACACUUUCCUUUACUGAAAAAUCUUCGCCAGUUAUUAUUUUAUUACUAUAUUUUCGUCUUUGACAUUGUACUGAAUUUUAAUUUUUUUUCACCUGACACUAUUUUUCUUGUUUUCUUUCCCGCUCAAUUUUACUUCCUUUUUCCACAUUGCCUCAUUUUUCUUCUCUCUCUCUUCUCUCUCUCUCUCUCUCUCUCUCUCUCUCUCUCUCUCUCUCUCUCUCUCUCUCUCUUUCUCUCUUCUCUCUUUUCUCUUCUCUCUCUCCCAGAAUUUUUCCUUUUUUAUCUCAAAUUUUUUUUUUUUUUUUUCUCUCUCUUUUUUCUUUUUUGCUUUUUCUUUUUUUUCUCUCUGUUUUUUUCUUUUUUUUCAUUCUCACUUUCUCUCUCAGUCCUUCUUUUUUCUUUCACUCUCUUUCUCUCACAGUAUUUCUUCUUUUUUCUUUCUCUCUCCCUCUCUCAGUUUUUCCUCUUUCUUUCAGUUUUUCUUCUCUUUCUUCUUUCUCUCCCUCAGUUUUUAUUUUUUCUUUUCCCCUUGUUUUCCCGCUCAUAUUGUUCUCUUUCAUUUUUUUUCAUUGCGCUGCUCUUUCUCUCGCAUAUCCGACCCCCUUCAAUCCCUCCCCCUUCAACACCUCUCCCUUCAACACCUCCCCCUUCAACAUCUCUCCUUUCAACACCCCCUUCAACACCUCUCCCUUCAAUACCUCCUCCUUCAACACCUCCCCUUCUUUUGUUUUUUUAG